ACGAAUUUUUACUAAAUUUUGAAAUUUUCACUCUUAAAAUCGCGAAUUUUGUGCAAAAAGAAUCACUUGCUCACUUUGUCAUUACAAGAGAAUGAACACCAAAAUGGCUGACUCUACAGGUGGUUACGACAGUCCACCAAUGUUGCCCGAAGAUUCAGUCGGCAGUUCCGUCUCCUCAACAAUGCAAGAUGAAUACAACGAACUACUCAGAUUUGCUGUCGUUGUUCCCAGUUACGAUCCUUCAUCCCUCCCGGCAAAAAUAGUGGACACAAAGGGGUCGUUUGCUGAGAAGAUGCAAAGUACUCCUUAUGACCAACAGGGGGCAGCGGGGAGUCGACAUAUUCACAUUCAUCAGGAAGCGUCCAGUGAAUGUAUCUCGCCCUCCGAAUCUGGUGAGAGUACAACGGAGGACGAGCCAAGACAACAACCUCCUGCACCAAUGAACGUCAAGAAACCAAAACCAGUCGCGAAAGACACGUCAACUCCGAUGAAGUCCGCCUUCCUUCCCUCUGAGAUGGUUGCGUCCCCAGAGAGUCAGAGUGCCAGUGAGGCGACUCAGGAAGAUGAGGGAGAGUCGAAGGCAUACAUUCAUACCAUCGACCCAGACGUCUCACGAAUGGAGACUCUCCUUGACCAGUGGACGUUUGAUUUGAAGAGGAACGUGCUGGCCGAGUUAAGUCAGAUGAAAAUCAUGAUCAUCGAACACAGCAAGAACCAUCUAAACAUCGAAAAAGAACGUCAUGCCGCCGAAAUGGAACAAGCACAAAACGAGAUGGAAAACCUGAAGGAAUUACUCCACACGUAUGAGACGUCAAUCCAACGAAAGGACGAGGUAAUCUCGAAUCUGACACGAGCUCUGCAACGGCAUAAGGAGAAGUUUGAUAUGAUGCGCACAUUCUGUGAUUGGCGGAUCAAGCAUAAUGAUACAAAAAGAGAGGCCUUUGCAUCGAAUCUGGCCCGCAAACACUACAGCCAUGUGAUAGAGCGUAAAGCUUGGGACGCUUGGCACAGCCUCAUUCAAGACAAAUGGAGGAACAGAGUGGAGAAGGCCUGUCAGUCGAAGGCGACAGAAGUCUGUAUGGGUUUGACUAACGACUACGAAGCAAGGAUAAAAUCGCUUAAUGAAGCCCUAGAAGCGUCCAGAAUUGAGGUGUGUAAACUUCAGGAGGAGCGCGACAAGUAUGAAGAAACUAUGAAGAAAGCGUUCAUGAGAGGAGUAUGUGCGUUGAAUCUUGAGGCGAUGAACAUGUUCCAAGAGGGAGAGAAAAAAGAAUUCCAAGGCAACCUCCAAGAUAUAGCUGAAGCAGCUGGCACCGCUGGUCGUAGUGACUUCGAGGAUCGGGAAAACCAAGCUCCACGCACAGUUCCCCAAGAGCCGGUUUACUAUAACCCAGCGCCUGUUGGUGCCCCUGCCCGCGUCGUGACCAGCCAGGCAGCAACAACGUCGAGGACAGUGUCGUCACAGGCAAAGACAUCAAGUACUCUUUCUUCCAAGCAGACGAAGACAACUACAUCAACACGGCCGAAAGUUCUCAGUGCCAAAAUCACAGCAAAGUCUGACCCAAAGGGACACGUGGCACCUCACUGUGGGAGCAGCAGCAUGGGGCUGGCUCCACCAAUGAGCUCAGUCUUAGUGGAAAGGCAUCAACCAAUCAAUAAGCAAACUAUUGGAAAAGCUGUCGCCAGUACUUAUCCGAAACAGAGUGAGUCCCAACCACCACCAGCACCGUCAACCAUCGCCUUCAGGAAGCUUGCAGGACAGGCCGGGACGGUCAAAUUAGUCAAUCCUAAUAUCCAGCCGGUGAAGAUCGUGGAGUAAUGGUUUAUAAGCCAGUACUGGACUUGAAAUGACAGUGGUGUAGUGGACAAUCGAAUCUGCUCGUAGGCGCAGUGAGUCUCGUACCUUAUGAGACAUCAUAUGAGACGUCCCGACGCCAUUCAAGGCUUGCGACAGACGUUAUGCAUUUAUUAUGAACAUGUUUUUGUUUCCAUCGCUUGCAAAGUUACUGUUCUGAGGGACCACUGUUGGUGUUAUCGUUACAAACUCAUUACCGGGUCUGUAAACAUACAUCACCAGUUGCUAAGGAUUGAGUUGCGACCGGUUAGCUGUGGUGUGAUGUGGCUUGAGUGAAGAAAUAACAAAACGCAAAUCAAGUAGCCUGGUUAGGAACCACCUGUGGAGAUCUCAGAGUUCUCAACAUGCAUUCCUUCAGUGCUGGACACUGACAUUAAAUCUUUAAAAAUCUGUAAAUAAUUAUAGAAAUAGUAUACAGCACUGCUGGGUUCUAUUGUAAUCAGUGCCUUUUAGUAUAAUGAUAUUGUGUCAACCAUGACCGAGGCCUCUGUUCUGUAAAAAUCAAGCGAGAAUAUAAAAUUGCAUUUAUUCUGUAAUGAUACUUUUUAAACAUUAUGUUGGAAGGUUUUUUCUUGACUUGUC